AUGGUCUUUGGGCGGAAUGUUGCGUUUUUCGCCGCAGUGGCCAUCGUCACCACUUCCGCCUCGGCCCUGGAGCUCAUCGGCUCCGAGGUUCCAUCGGCAUGUCAGCAGAUCUGCAUGCCGGUAGUGCUCCUUUCGGGAGCCUGCGCAACGGCCGAGCGCAAAGUCCUGGGAACCCCGCCGCCGCCAGGGACUGCGAUACCCUCAUCAUCCACACAAUCGCCACCAGCAGCGACGCCUCCUUCAUCAUCACUUCCCCCUCCGCCUUCGUCAUCGUCGAAUCCCUUAUCCAGCAGCACGCCUCCCUUACCUCCUGCUCCUCCUGAGUCAAUCCCGAGCGUACCUCCACCGCCUACCCCGACUCCGGCAACUACACAGCCACCAGCUACUCCUCCUGCCGCCGCGCCCGCUCUACCGACCAGCGGCCCGCCGGUGCAGUUGACCCCGUCACCAGGAACCCCACCGGCAGAGGCGACGUCGCCGCCGCCACAGCCAACUCCGACGGAACCCGCGACAACCUCGGCAGCAAGGCGCAGCCGCGAGGACAAAGACGACCGCAGCUCGUCGUCAUCACGGGAGCUCAACUUUGGCCCGGCCGCCAACUCCUUCCUGGCCGCGCUAUCGUCCGCCAAAGCCGACCGUCAGCGCAAAGGGAAGCAGCGGGACGUCGACGCCGCCGACAACGACCCGGCUCUCCCCACCGCCGUCCCGGGGUUGGAAUCGGCCCAGAAGCGGGCCUUGGGCGGUCGAGACAGCGCGGUGGGCCGGCGGCAGGAGAACGUGGAGCACGACCAGUUCCAGCGGGCAUGCUACUGCCGGAACCUCAGCUUCGACGUCUCGGGCAUCUCGGGGCUGUGCGGAAGCUGCAUGGCCCAAAGCUCCAAUACCGAGCAGGAGCGGAAAGGCUUAGCCGACGCCAACAGCAUCUUAGCAAAGUGCGGAUUCCCCACCGCCACGUACCAGCCAGACGCCGCCAAGCAGGCGGCUGGCAUCACGCUCGUGGCCGUCAUGCCGUCGCGCAUGCCGUCCAACGACCCAGGAGGGCUGGUUUUCGUCCCGGGGACGUUGCCCACAGGUGAUGGCCCGGUCCCUGCAACUUCUGGGAGUGGUGACGGCCAAGGACCUGUUCAGAGGGGAGGGGUUGGCGAGAUGGCGACUUCUGGAUCCUUGGCUGUUCUGAUCGCCGUCUGCUGGGCUUUGUUGGCACUGGUGGCAAUAUAA